UGAAAACAUGGCUGACACAUUAAGUCCGUUUGUGCUUUGGGGGCAAAAAAGUGACUAUGUAACCCUAAAAGUAGAAUUGAGAGAAGUGAUGGAUGAAGAUGUUGAUCUUACAGACGAAAAAAUUAAAUUUACAGCUCAAGGAGUGGGGGUGAAAGGCAAUAACAAAUACAGCUUUGAAAUCGACUUCUAUUUGCCUGUUGAUCCAGAGAAGAGCAAGUACCGCGUGACUCCGACUGGUGUUGAAAUCCGAGUUGAGAAGGGAGCUAAGGGCGAGGUUUGGCCGCGACUGACGGAAAAACCGAUCAAACUGCCGUGGCUGAAGAUCGACUUCGACAAGGUUAUGUUGGAGGAUGACUCUGAAGAAGAACACGAUGACGGAUCACUCAGAAAUCAACAAGAAGAAAUGCUCAAUAGGAUAGAAAACGAUUUGAUGAAGGAUCCAGAAUCAGCACCACUAGACUACAAGCGGCUGUACCUGUUUCUCUACAACAUGUUCCAGUUUGUUGGCUAUUCAUACAUAGUCUUUGUUCUGCAGUACCGCUUUUACAAAUAUGGUGAAGACGACAAACACACAGCGUUUGAGACGGUGGGCUCCCAGGUGAUGGUGUGUCAGUUUGUAGCCGUGAUGGAAAUUGUUCAUCCUCUACUCGGACUAGUAAAAUCAGGUUUCUUCGCACCAUUCGCUCAGGUGUUUGGUAGAAACUUUAUACUCUUUGUUCUGCUUCUCAACGAGCCCAGACUGCACACCGCCCCAGCCGUGUGGUAUUUGUUUGUUGUUUGGUGUGCUGUGGAAAUGGUUAGAUAUCCAUAUUACAUGUUGAACACGCUAGGAAAAGAAAUAGAUUUUAUCACCUGGUUGAGGUAUACAGUGUGGAUUCCACUUUAUCCGUUGGGUUUUCUCCUAGAAGGCACCAUCGUUAUCAUGUCUAUUCCUCUGUUCACACAGACAGAGAAAUUGUCAGUGCAUUUGCCAAACUCAACUAAUUUUGCAUUCUACUUCCCCUGGUUGCUUCAUGGAUAUCUUGCAUUACUAGCAAUUGCGGCAUACAAAAUGAUGAACUAUAUGUAUUUACAAAGAAAGAAGAAGCUAGGAAUCGGAGAGAGGAAGAAAACAAAAUAGACAUUUUGAACAUCCAUUAACCUACAGACCAGCAACUGAAAAACAUUGACUGUCCAUGUGUGCUAACCAUGGACACAUACAUGUUAAUAUCAAACUGCUUGUAUAUUUCUAAUUAUUUUUGUUGUGAAUCGUAUGUUGCUAUAUCAGUAUUUUGUUCUUUAGAAACUGUUUGAAAUGGACUUUUAAAACAAGAACACCCAAUAGCCAAUCAUAUAUCGUGAAAACCUGUGAACCGGGCUAUCCCAUAAACCGAUCUAUUUACAUAUGACUUGUUUUUAAGGAAUCUGCACAAAGCAUAAACUGUGACAUUGGAACACUUUUGUUGAAUUAACAAAAACCUCUUGAAAACUACUGCACAGGAGAAAAAGACAUUUUUAUGCAGAGAGAAAUGUAUACAAAAUUGCUUUUUUAAAAUAUUGUAGUUACUAUAUUAAACAAUGUGCAUUAUUAAACAAACAUAAAAAAGCAACAGUUUUACAACCCUGUUAUUGUCAGAGUCUCGUCUGUUUUGUAGAGUCAUUGCAUAACAGUUUUGGUGAAGUCAUCUUAUCUCGCAUGCUUCACUUUUGAAAAACAACAACAAUAGUAUGGUUUACGGAAGGUUCUGAGGACUAUCAAACAUUAGACUACGGGUUACAUUUAAUCUCUUUACAACAAAAACUGACUUGUUUAUAAACAUUUGUUGGUGGAUUUCGAUAGUAAAUUGAACAUUAUUUUGAUUGCAUUGUAUCUACUAAUCCACAGCUUUGUGAUGUUCCAGUGAUGUUCACAGCUAAAUAGAUUUUAAUUCCAAGCUGCAUUUAUAUGUCUCAUUACUUGUUGUAUUUGUAUGUCAUGCUAGAUCAUUAUUGUGCUCCUAUGAGCCAUUUAAAAUGGACUCUUGAUUUCAAGCAAUGAAACAGUUCUUUAAUUCUACAAUGGUGACAGCGUUUUAGAUGUUAUAUUUUGAAUUAUCACUGGUGAUUCUUGAUCAGUUAUUUAACUUAAAGGGACAUACCCUAGUUUUUAAACACUAAGCAGGGUUUCUGCCAGAGAGUAAAAUGGGUACGGCGCCAUACCCAAAUUUUUGGGGAUAAAUAAAUUUUUUAAGUUAACCUUUUGA